AUGUCGGAAUUACGUGUUCAACCUCUCGUUCUCACCGAUCAGGAUGUUGUUUUAGUAACAGGAGGAACCGGUCUCUUUGGUAAAGCCGUUGAACAUGUUGUCAAACAAGAUAAUUUGCCAGGAAGUUGGGUUUUCUUAGGAUCUAAGGAUGGUGAUUUACGUGAUUUGAGUGCUUGUAAAGCACUUUUUGAAAAAUACAAACCAACCUAUGUUUUACAUUUGGCUGCUUUUGUUGGAGGUCUUUUCAAGAAUAUGAAUUUUAAAGUCAGUUUCUGGCUCGACAAUGUGAAUAUGAAUAAUAAUAUUCUCUCAUGUUGUUAUGAAUAUGGAGUUAAAAAGACCAUCUCUUGUUUAUCUACUUGUGUCUUUCCGGACAAGAUUGAAUAUCCAAUUACUGAAGAUAAACUCCAUGUAGGUCCACCACACUUUUCCAAUGAUGCCUAUGCCUAUGCCAAGAGAAUGUUGGACAUGUUGAGUGUUUGGUAUAACGAACAAGCUGUUCGUGAAGGAAAGGAAAGCAGAUUCUCAAGUGUUAUCCCAACUAAUCUCUAUGGACCACACGAUAAUUUCAAUGUUGAAAAUGGUCACGUUUUGCCAGGUUUAAUGCACAAGUGUUACAAGGCCCAAAAGGGAGGUUCCGAUUUUAUUGUUUAUGGUUCUGGUAAGCCAUUGAGACAAUUCUUAUUUUCACAUGAUGCUGCUCGUAUGUUGUUGUGGACCAUGUUGAAUUAUCAAUCACAAGAACCAAUCAUGUUGUGUGUGAGUGAGGAAGAUGAAAAGAGUAUUGGACAAGUUGCUCAAAGUAUCAAGGAUGCUUUCAAUUUUUCUGGAAAUAUGAUUUUCGAUACAUCAAAGGCUGAUGGUCAAUUUAAGAAGACUGCCAGCAAUGCCAAGAUGUUACGUUUGAAUCCAACCUUUAAAUACACUCCAUUUGAUGAAGCCAUCAAGACAACUGUACAAUGGUUCUUGGAUAAUUAUGAAACUGCUAGAAAAUAA